AUGACUGGUCAAAAAAUCACAAGGAAAAGAGUAAUUAAGUCUUGUAAGUACUGUUAUGAACACAAGUUGAAAUGCAAUAAGGAAAAGCCAUGCUCAACUUGUGUUGGGUUAAGUGUCACAGACCAAUGUAUCUACGGAUUCAGUAAAACAUCUGUUGGCAAAGAGGACGAAAACCAACGUAAGAGUCCUCUUCGAUUGAAGAAUACCACACAUGGGAAGGUCAAGAAAUCAAAGAAAUUGAACACAAAUUCAGUAAUAUAUAAAUCUAAGUUCUCCUACCCAUUUUUCACAAGUUCAAUCAAUGAUAGAAUCAUAUGUGCUGAGCAUUAUGGUCAACUGACGCUAGAUAGCGUAAUUAGGCGAAAUGAAAUUACUAAAUUUGAUAGAUUUUCGACUCCCGCACGUAGCAUCGAUGAUGUUCUGGUACUGCUACCACCCACUCAAGAAGCUGCGAUGAGUCAAAUUGAGACAUAUUUUGCUUGCAUCCAGCCGAUUAUUCCCAUUUUGGACCAAGAUAGAAUUACAGAGAUUCUCUCAGAUGUAUAUCAGUCUUUGCAGGAGCGGAAAAAUGUGAAUGCUCUGAACAUUCUUCUCCUCAUGGCAAUCUUCUUUUGUUCCUCUUAUGUCGCUGUUGCAUCUGAGGUUAUUCCUGACUUGCUUUUAUGCAAUAAUUACUAUAAAGCCUACAGGUACCUACUGGAUGUUGCUGAAUUUCCAUUAAGACCCUUAUUAGAGUCUCUGCGUGCUUUUGUCAUUGUAAACUUUGUCAUUGACCCAAAUAUGGUUGCUGCAACUGGUUAUUCGAGUAUGUUGGUCAGGCUAGGCCAGCAAUUGGGUCUGCAUAAAAGUUCUACGUACAAGGACUUGGAUCUCAAAUUGUUGUGGCACUUUCUAAUAUAUAUUGAAGGUUCCUCUUCCGUAGUUUGCGGCUUUUCAUUCCUCACGCCAUCGCAUUUCAUGAGUUACGUGCCAUUGCAAGAGCUAAGUCACAAUAUUAAAACUGAUAUUUCCACAGCAUAUGCAAUUGGCAGGUACAAAAUUAAUGUUAUGUUUCGCCACACUAUGGCAUUGACCUCCAGCACACUUUUGUGCAAGGAGGACCUAGACAGAACGGAAAAGGGUAUUGCAGAUUUGUAUGAGGAUAUACGUUCCAUCAAUGAAAGUUUGCGAUGUUCAAAAUCUAAAUUCUCAGAUUACUUUGCAUGCACUCUCAACAUUUUUCUCUUCAGGUUGCAUCUGAGAUACUAUGCACUAUUAUGCUUACACUCCGAGAAAGACAAAAUCUUGCGUAAAAGCAGUAAAGAAGUAGCUGUCAUGAAUUCAAUGGAUAUCGAGAAAAUCUUAGAGGUGAAACAAUCUUUUAGAAAAGAUGUAAUUCACCUUUCAAUAUUGUUACUAUUUCACACGUGCAAGAGAUUAAUUCAAGCAGAUAUUGACAAAUUUGUCUGGUACACUCGGGGAUCAACUGUUAUGCAAUAUUUGUUCGUUGUUUUGAAGGACAUAUAUCAGCAUCCAACGAGGUCGUACAAAUAUUCCGAUUUUUCAUGUCCAAUUCAAGGCACAGUCGAUUCUGACAUUCGCGAAAUUAUAGAGACGGAUUCUGCCCUUUAUAAGUACGUUUUGAUUGAAGUUGUGUUGGGGUUAAUGGAAUUGAAAUUGGCAUCAUUAUGGAAUAAUGAAGACUUGUAUAAGUUCUUAUUAGUCAAAACACUCAAGGAAAAGGUUUGGCAAGCGUGCGAACAACAAACUACACAUCAUCGAGAAACAUUACACACACUUGAGAGGAAGACACUCUUUUGUACUGGCAUGAGGCAGUUGCAGAACAUGAAGAGUGUUAACUUCGAAGAAUACCUCAAAAAUUGGGAGUCAGAAAAGGCGCCGAUUGAUCUCGAAAAGAUACUCAAUAACUGGCUGCUGGACUUUCAAUAG